AUGGAAACCGCAGUGAUUGGAAUCGUGGCUGUGCUAUUCGUGGUCACUGUGGCCAUCACCUGCAUCCUCUGCUGCUUCAGCUGUGACUCGAAGACCCAGGAUCCCCAGGGGGGCCCGCGUCCCAGCUUCACGGUGGCCACCUUUCGCCAGGAGGCUUCUCUCUUCACGGGGCCAGGUCGCCAAGCCCAGCCAGUGGCGGGAGCCCGGGACUUCUGGACCUUCAUGUGA